AUGCGAGAGCAUGGUCCCCCGUCUUUUGUCACUGUAGCUCCGAAGUGGUCAACUUGGACCUCCAGUUGCCCGGCGGUAUCGACCACAGCGCUCAGCGUCGCCUCCGUCGAUCUUUUGUUGUAUGUUCUUCUGUCAUGGUUGCAAAGAUCUCCGAUCAAAAUGAGCACCCUCCUCAACGGUUUCGUAGCCCCGAAGGACAAUGCCAUGUCCCGAGUAUCAUGCCCCGGCCCGAACCCCGCCAGAAUCAACCUCGAGCAGAACAACAUAGCGCUCUUCGGCCCCAUCCGUCGCAGUCACAGUCGAUCAACUUCACCUUCGUUCUAG